AUGGGCAAGAAAUUUGAAGACUGCGGCACUGAGAAAUGUAAGAUUAAAUGCAAUGAUGUUUAUAACUGUAAAUGUAAAUGUUGUGAAAAGAAAUGUAGAGAAGGAGAUUCUGCCUGUAAAGCCCCUGCUGCCGCCAUUCAACAGCUUACCGUUGCCGCCUCCCAUUCUUCCACCGGUGCAGAGUCUUCCGCUCCCCCCGGUGUUGCCGGCACUCUCCACAGUGAUCAGAGUCUCGACAGUGACGAUCAGUCCACCACUUCCACACUUGCCCCCCCUCCGUACUCCGCCAUCGCCGCCGUCAUCGUUGGCAUCAUCGUCGCCAUCAUCCUGCUCGACCUGUGCAUCUUCCGCUUCCCGGUGGGCCGCAACAUCCGCGAUUUCCUCGUACGCAAGAUACCCUUCUGCAUCGCGUUUUACAGCUGA